AUGGCCACGGUGAGGAUGACGAGAAGACGUGGGUCUUUAAGUUUCAAUGAGCCUAAUACCCUUGCACUUCUUGGUGUCUGUCUUCUCUUCGGUCAAUUUCUUAUGGGUCUGAUCACCGCGAUUGACUGGUACUUGGUCUAUAUCACAAGCGCAUUGCAGGGAAUCUUCUAUUUCGACAUUUACCUGGUCAUUGUGCCAAUAUGCUUCAAGUGGAAAACAAUUGCAGAAAUUGAAGGGGAUCAUAUUGAGGACGUCACACACGUCGAGGAGUCCUCAAAGUCGACACAGUUGAUAGAGCCUGCGGAAUUGGAAUCCCAGUCCGACCCGCGCUUGAAUGAGGCACAUUCAAGCAUGCUUUAUGAAGCUGAUUCAAGGCAACUUGUCGAGGCUGAUGCCCAAGCAGGAUACAAGAAUCCUCAAUCGGCACAGGGCGCUUCAAAGGCCGAGCACCCGUUGAUGUAUGAGUUAAAUGCCACUCCACGUCCCUGA